UGUAGCCUCAGCAGCCGGUUAGUUGUGCUUCUGGCAGCGUUGCGAUCGAGUAGAGACUGCGGCAGUUCGUUCAUUCUAGAGCUUUUCACUUCAGAUAAAUAAUAAAGAUGUCGCUGCGUAUUGUGUCCCAAUCCGUGUUGAAUGCCUGCAACCAAACAUUGGUGCGUGGCAUGUCCACUCAGGGCGGCUCCAAGAACAUUGGCUUCGUCGGUCUGGGCAACAUGGGCGGCCACAUGGCCACCAAUCUGAUGAAGGCAGGACACAAGCUGCAUGUCUUCGAUAUCUCGAAGCCUGCCUGCGACAAUAUGGCGGCCAAGGGUGCUAAGGUGUACUCCAAGACCGCUGAGCUGGCCAAGAACUCGGACUUUGUCAUCACCAUGCUGCCCAACAAUGACAUUGUCAAUGCCUCGUACGAGGAGAUGACCGCUGAUGGCGUCAACAAGAACACCAUGUUCAUUGACUCCUCCACCAUUGAUCCCGUGCUGGUCAAGUCGCUGCAGGAGCGCAUUAGCGCCAAGGGUGCUCGCUUCAUUGAUGCUCCUGUCUCUGGCGGCGUUCCCGGCGCCGAGCAGGCUACUCUGACCUUCAUGGUGGGUGGCACAGAGGCGGAAUACAAUGCAGUGAAGGGGGUGCUCGAGUGCAUGGGAAAACGCAUCACUCACUGCGGCAACUAUGGCAUGGGACAGGCUGCAAAGUUGGCCAACAACAUGAUGCUGGCCAUCUCAAUGAUUGGCGUGUCCGAGGCCAUGAAUCUGGCCAUGCGUCUGGGUCUCGAUCCCAAGAUUUUUGCCGAGAUUAUCAACUCAUCGACGGGUCGCUGCUGGGCUUCCGAGAUCUACAAUCCCGUUCCCGGCGUUUGCCCCACUGCUCCAGCUAACAACGCCUACAAGGGUGGCUUCUCCACAGAUCUGAUUACCAAGGAUUUGGGCCUGGCUUCGGGAGUGGCUACCUCCUCGAAUACCCCGAUUCCCAUGGGUGCUCUGGCGCAUCAGAUCUAUCGCACACUCAAGUCCAAAGGCCUGGGCAACAAGGAUUUCUCCGUGGUCUACGACUUCAUGAAGAACGAGAACUAAAUUUUGAGGUACCUGCCCUCGCUUACAGCCAGUUUUGCAUUUAUUAUGGUUUAGCUUAAGGCAAGCCAAUAACUUUUAGGGCUUCCGUAGCAGACUUUGCAUUUUCUUGUCUGAAAUCUGUUUCGCUUAAAUUUACUAAAUGCUCUUUAAUCUAAUGUAUCUAACCAUAGAUAUAAAUAAAAGAAAUAAUACAAUUGUUAUGAACAA